CCUGUCCAGGGUUGACGCGCUUUGAAACGACGCAAAACGCUGAAAACUCGGGGGUUUCCGCAAUCGAAACCACAAGGAGCGCCUAAAUAAAAGCUCCCCGGAGCGGGAGGCAGUUCUCACAGCCAGAGAGCAGCGACAAGUCUGCAGUCAAAAGACCACACGGGGUGAAAAUCGAGUUGGAGGAAGUCUGCAACAAUGACCUUACAGUUUCUGCAGGUGGAAUGGCUUGUGUGCCUCAUGUUGCUGUCAGUGGCUGUCCCAUCCAUUAUAGCCCGGCAUUCGUGUGUUGAACCCAGUGAGAAGCAUCUGUUGAACAAGCUGAAACAUUUGGGGUCCAACGCGCUGCAGUUCAUUCCUGGCAAAGAAUUCAAUGCCUCCCACAGUCAUACCUUGAGGAUUGGAGAACAGAGUACUUCCCCUUGGUCAUACAGAAUUAAUGAAGACAGUGCACGUUACCCAAGGAAGCUGAUGGAAGCGUACUGUUUGCACAAGGGCUGCAUCGGAGCCAACGGGAAGAUCAAUAACAGCAUAUUCAGCGUGCCGUAUCACACGUCCGUCAUAGUGCUGAGAAGGAUGUCAAAGUGCAAACACAAGACCUACGUCUACAAAAUAGCUGUGGAAAAGAUCGCAUUGUUUUGCAACUGUGUGUUGCGCAAAGAGCACUAGUCUUAGUGGAAUAUCUAAGAUCCCAGUAGAAAGAAUGUAGCCUUUUUUUUAAGGUUCAUGGAAAACCAUUUCUGUAGGCCAGCGAUAUUUUUUUUAAAAUGUGAAAUAUUUUGCUUUGUAAAGCCCCACUUUGCUUAUCCGACCCUCAGUGUCAGAAUGGUGAAUUGAAUUGAAAAUGGAACUGUCGCCCUCCCCCACCCACCUUACCAAGAUAUAUUAACAUUUCAUUGGCCCUACAUUCGACAAGGCUGAAGAUUUUAUCCUGCUCUUUUUUUUUGCAAAUUGCAGAGAGCUUUGUGCCUGGAAUAGACUGGUGGGCUAGUUCCCAUUUAAGAACUUGCUGAUUACUGUAGGCCUUCCUUUGGGAGCCUUUGCUGUCCCACUGUGUUUUCCUCAAAGAUUUGGGCCAUAAGUCAGAGCAGAAUUAGGCUAGUCUGCCCCACAAUUCUAUCAUGGCUGAUUAUAUCAUCUCUCAACCCCAUUCUCCUACCUUCUUUGUGUAACCUUUGAUGCCCUGAUAAAUCAAGAACCUAUCAACCUCUGCUGCAACUACACCCAAUGACUUGCCUCCACAGAUUUGCCACCCUAUUUCCCCGAAGCUCAGACCGUUCAUCACUGAGCAUCUUCUACCCAAUCUUUAUUCAUGUUGAGAAUGCAGUGACCAGAGGAAAAUGAGUAAGGUCCAUGUGACCUCAUGUUCAACAAAAUUUGGCAAUAGGGAGCUCCUAGACUAUAAAUGGUUUAUGAAGAACUUUUUCACCAUUUCCUUCACCAGCUGGCCAGUUACUGAAUGGGGAUCAUAUUAAAACCCCCUUUCACAGCAGUAGUGGGUGUAGCAUCAACAACUUCCAUUCAUAUUGUGCCUUGCACCAAACACAAGGUAAUUAGGGCAGGUGAGGAAGCACUUGGAUGAGAGAAGGCAAGAGAGAUGUGGGGAGGAAAAUCAAAAGGAUUGAGAGAAUGCACGCGCACGCGCGCACACACGCACACACACACACACACACACACACACACACUCACACACUCACACACUCACACACUCGCACACUCACACACACCUACCUACCUACCUGGAGGUCAGGCAGUGUCUGUGGAAAGGGAUAAAGAGUCGAUGUUUUGGGCCAAAACUCUUCAUCGGGUCUGAGAAGAGACUUGGCUACCAGUGGUAAUAUAAUCAUGUUCAGGCACACACAAGAAGCAAGAGGUAGAGAUGCUCAAACUUGGAAGGCUGCAGGGCCGAAACAAGUUGGCCAGGUCUUUUUUUUAAUUAAAAGAGUGUCCUUUCAAUUGGGGCGGCAAUGGAAAUCCAGUCAAGCGCUAGGAGUUUUGUGUUAGAUCUGAGUUUGUGUUGUAGGCUAAGCAACCUCCCUCGAAAUGUGAUUUACAAGGACAGCCAAGGCUGGAAACAAUGAUGGAAAAACUAGGCUGGCCUUCUUUUACUUUGGAAGAGAGGAGGCUAAUGUGACAAUUGAGAUGUAAAAGAAACAUUGAUAGAUGGAAAGCACCUGUUUUUGGAGUAAACUCCAGGGAGUGGGGAAGGACUUAAUGCAAUUGGCAAUGGAUUAUAGAGGAGUUGAAGUAAACUAGCUUCACUCAGUGAGUGGUGGUGAUUAGGAGCUCACUGCCUGAGAGGGUGGUGGGAGCAAAGGUAGUAAGAACCAUGUACUGGACCUACAGGGUCUAUGGACCAAGUUCUGGGAUUAGGCAGGGUAGUGUUUCCUUACCAGGGUGAACACACUAUACUCCCUGUAUUAAACGUUUUUGUUGAUUUAAGAUGGAGAUUGCACGGGGUUGGGUUGGAUUCCAAUGGCUGUGGGAGUAUGCAAAGGACAAAGUUUCCCAUGUUGGUGAACACCUCUGCAAAUCAUUGCAGGGUGAGUCUGGUGGGCAAUCACAGGCUCCUCUCUCCUGAUGCCUUGAUAAUUCCCUGUGCCCAAAACAAGCCAAAUUCUAAUCAGCCUUUGGAAAGGGUACAAAUAUGGCAUGGUCUUUGGCGGAACUUGUGAUCCAGCCAGUUCUUUGCAUUUUCUUGAAUUGUUGUAUGGUGGCUCCUUAAUUGCCUGAAUGAGGAAAGAACUUUGACCUUACCGCUGCAAACUAGACUGGAGCUCUACGAGAGAUGCAAAUACUCAAAGGGCAGAGAGCUGCGAUUUCCCUCCCCCCCCCCCCCCACCCCCCACUCCCUAAAUAUUUGACAUCUAAGAGCUAUUUGAUGCAGGUGCAGACUUGUGGUUUUUCAAGCAUGUGACUGUUUGCUCAUUAGUAAGAUCAGGCCUAGUUCUUCAAUGUUAUGAAGUUUGCUUCCAUUAGAUUAAACUACCAAUGAACUGACAUAACUUAAAGGUUAAUGCCCAGGUUUAAGUGUUAAUGAUAGUUCUGGCGGUAAACUCAUAGGGAAUCCCCCACAGAAGUUUGGAACUGAUUCCAACUCGGCCCACCCAGAGUGAAACCAGUCAGGUGAUCAAGUCAAAUGCCCCCUCCGCCUAACUUUUACUCUCCGUGAAAGUUAACUGAGAGAAGGAUCAAGUGGUUGCAAAGUCAACGACCCACCGUGUCAGGAAGGAGUUUCACCAGGCGUGUUAGGUUAAAAUUAGCACCUGGCUCCGCCCCACAUCCAAGAUUUAUAACCAUAGCUGUCACUACCAUGCGGAAGUAAAAUCACUUCAGGAACAUUUGCUCCAAUCUCUUGAAAGUGUAAUUAAAAUUCCACUGAAUGCUCGAUGUUGUUGUUUUCCACAUUUCCACACACAGGGAACCAAAUACACUAAUCCUCUGAUAUGUGGGUGAAGGGUUAUGUCUUUUUUUUAUAUUCUUGGUUGUUCCUUUGACUGAAUAUUAACUCUGGUUGUCUCUAUAAUCAAUGAACAAGUGAGCCAUGAUUGUGACAAAGAAAUAAUUGGUCUAAUAUUUCCUGGUAUAUACUGUUAAAGCAUUUCUUGCAGCCUGCGUUUAGACCGUCAUCUGUCCAGAAUGUCAUUGGAGGAUUUAAGAAUGCUGCCUAGAACUAAUGUCUGUACAACAUUCUCUGCCGUCCAUAUGGCGCAUAUUUUCAGUAAUGCUUUCAAAUGACAUGUGAUAUAAAAUCUGUCACUAUUAUAAUAAUAAACCAUGAAAUGGC